AUGAUUUUUGGACCCGGACCCGGACCCGAUGAUAAAAAUUUAUUCAAACCCGGACCGGAUCCGGUUGAACAACUAUUUUAUAUUAUAGUAGUCGUUCUCUUUGUUUUACUUAAUAAAAAUGAACUCAAUGAAGAAAAUGCACUGUUCGUUAUAAGAGAAUUGAAAAAGAAGAGCAUGCUUGACGAAAAUGGUAUAGAAGUAGCAUUCAAGAUUAUGGAAAGAAUCCGAGAAUAUUCAGACAAGUUUUUCAGCGAAGCAAGUCUUAUCGAAUUCAUUCCUAACGCUGUGAAUGAUGAAUUAAAGCACAUCAUACAAAUAGCUCCACGUCUGAUAGCUACACGAAACGCGUGUACACAUGAAAAAGCAAGUUUAUGUUGGACCGAACUUGGUAUUCUACCUGAAAAGUUAUCAUUGUUAAAUGAAAAUAUUCUGAAACAAUUUAAAAUAUGUCAACAACCAGAACUAGAAACAAUAAUACAAUGUAUAGGAAAAGUUUCCCAACGGUUUACAAAUAAUAAUGAGAUCUCUGAACAGAAUUAUUUAAUUUUAUUAGACUUAUGCCAAAAAUGGUGUCAGGUAUUAGUUGGACUUGAUAAGGAGAAUAAAGAAAAACUGCGAAAUAUGAAAUUCAUACCUAUAAAGAGAAAUAAUGUAAAUAAUACGCAAAACGUCAUCUUAGUUGGACCGAAUGAUAUUUUUAUACGACACACACAUUGGCAUGAUACUAUUUGGCCAUAUUUAUUUGCUAUUGAUGCGAAUGAUGAUGAUUUCAAACGAGGUAUUAUAACAUUUUUACGUGCAUUUCCUGUCGAAAGUAAACCUUCAUGUAGUCAGUGUAUUAAUGUAUUGAAGAAUUUAUACGAAAAAAGCCAACAGGAAGAUUUGGAUCCAAAUUAUCGUGAAACAGUUAUAACAGCAAUCUUAUAUUAUAUGACAUCAUUGACUGAUGACAGCAUUCCAGAAGCGAAGAAAGCAGUAACAGAUCAAAUCAUUUAUUUGCCAAACCUUUGUUCUGUUCUUACAUCAAGUCAACAACUGUACUACGUUGAUCAACCAAAAUACAAAAUACUCAUUAGUAAAUGUGAACAACUAAAACAGUUAUGUUUUUGUCACAAUUUAUUUGAUAAUUAUUCAGCUAGAUCAUAUGGUGAUGAACGACUCAAACAAUUAGAAAAUGACUGCAAAGGAAACAGAAUUAAAAAAUAUUUUCCAGAUUUGCGGCCUAUAUCAGACAUAUUAGAUGAACGAAUUAAUGAAGAUUCUGUAACAGAUGAUUCAACAGAGAUAUCAUCAUUGACUGAUACAAUUCAUACAAGUGAUUUUUAUCGUGCCUGUAUUGUACAACAUUUUUUUCGUACAGAAGCAACAGAAGAAAAUACUAGAAAAUUAAUCCAAUUUCUUAAUGAACUGGAAAUAUAUAUAACAACACAGCCGAUUACAGCAUCAAUAUUCAAUAAAAAUACGAAUCAAAUGAUUGAUGGUGGUCAGAUUGAACUUCCGAAAUACUUGAAAACGAUAUCCGCUGAUGAAUGUGCGACUUAUAUUUUAUAUAUUUAUAACAUGGAAAAGAAUAGCAGUGAUGCAGAUUUGUGUGACGAAUUAACCGAAAUAAUUCAACAACAAUGUUAUGCUACUUUCUCUGAGACGACUCAAGAAGAAUCAGUUAAACUGCUUAAAGUUAUUCGUGCUAUAAUACGUGGUAAUGAACAAGACUACGACAAAAUAUUAGAUAAACAUAAUAUUAACGAAGGCGGCGCAAUUGCAUUUGAUAAUUUAACAUUUCUACCAAAACUAGGCUCAUUAGUUGAAUUAGCCGAUUUACAAUAUCUUGUACAAGGAAUUUAUUCUUGUGCACCAGAUGAUUAUGUUGCCCCGGAAGUUCACACAAACGGUGAUGAAAAUGAAACUGAUGAAGAUGUGGAUAACACGACACAAACAAACGCAUAUCCACCAGAAUAUCGACAUCCUCGAAUUAAGAAGCUGGCUAAAGAUCAUGUAAAUGAUUUUGAGAAAAAAUAUGAAGUUGAAAUUGAACCACGAAAAUAUGAAAUAAUUAGUGCGGUUUAUCUAUAUAGAUUCAAUAAACCAUCAAUGAAGGAAAUACAACUAAAGGGUAAUGAUGAUGCGAAUAGUAAACAAAUCCUGCUAGCAAAUAUGCCAAGUACAGAAAACGAUGAAGCACAUCGAUUUACAUGUUUAGAAGCAUUAAAAGAACAAAUUGAUAAAGAUAUAGAAAACAUUAAGCCCUUAGCAGCAGAAGAACUCCAAACUGCUGUUAGACGCUUACAGUUGCAUUAUCAUCCAGAUAAACAUCCAAGCCAAACGGCUCUAUAUGUUCCUGCAUUCCAAUAUUUGCAGCAAUGUCUUCAUCGCUUACUUAACCGAAGCAAUGCGUCAACUAAUCAGACUCAUGCAGAACAAGACGGACAUUUUCAUUUCACAAAUUUUUCUAAUUCUGGAUUUACUUACGCUGGUAGCAGAACAAACUUUUCUUAUUAUUUUGGUUCAGCAACACGAUCUAACAGAAAUAAGCAUAGGAAGAAGAAAAAUCCACAGCCAUCUGUUGCAUUAAAAUGGUUAUCGCAAGCACGAUAUAAUAUGAAAGAGCUGCGGGAAUAUCAAAAACGUGCUAUUUAUUUACGGUGCUGUAUUAAAUCCUACUAUGUGGCACUCGAUGUUAUUUAUUGUGUUAUGAUAGCGGAAGACUGGAAUAGUGUAAAACAACCUUGUACACUAUCUAGGCUAACUGCUACUUGUAGUAAUGAUUCUGUGAAAACUCUAUGUACGUCAUUAUUGAUAAUUGUUGGUGAAUAUGAAAAAGAAUGGAAAGAAGAUUUUUACAAGAAAUAUUCUUCAGUGCCAAAUGCUACACAGUGGAAUGUGAAGUGUUGCUGUGCAGUGUGGGAUUAUGAAACAUGUCAUUUUCUUCUACUUAGGGAACUUAUAUCAGCUCCCAUGGGUUUGAAUCAAGGUCAGCGCUCUGACGAUCGGAGGUGAGCUGGAAAUAUUCUUAAUCAAUUCGCCAUGAUACACUAUCUAUAUUCUGUAAGCUUUAUUAUAAAACUCUGAACCCAUUCCGUGAAUCCGUUCCUUUUCUUAUUACUUAAGUAGCCAGUGGCGAUAGUUGGCACUAAACACAACGUGCAACGAUUUAAGUCGACUUAAACCUAGUAAACGUAUACAAUCGGAAACUAAACUGACCCUUUAAACAUAAACCCCUCUUCUGUGGAAUAUCAGUGGUUCAAGUCUACAUGAACCGUGA